CCCCGUUGAUCUUCAGCCCUAUCCUCAUCGACAAUCUCGUCAUGAAGAUCACGUCCGCCCUCGUCCCAGCCCUAUCCGGCCUCGCUGCCGCCGAGAGCACAGUGUCAUUACUCCUCUUCGCUGUCGACUACGACCAGGACCACGUCGCCUCCAUCGUGACCAGCGACGCGACCGCAACAACCUACAGCCUCACCUGCCCGACAGACGUCGAGAGCCACGACUGCGACGUCCUCAACGGCAUUACGGCCGUCGCUGAUUCCAAGGACGACUCUUAUACCUGGUGGGGGAGCGCCAGGGAUGGAUUCACCGCAACAUGGGCCUGCGGACCCUCCGGCACCGAGGAGGGCGUUUGCAAGAAAACCUCGGAGGGAACUGAUGUCGGGCUUACUGCGUACUUCACGAACUAUCUCUCUGCUACGGUGACGGGUGGCAGCGCGGCUGCUACUGCGUCUAGUCGUCAGAGUACCUCUACUGCCAGUGCGUCUGAGGGUGCUUCUGGGAGUGAGAGUGCGGCUACGUCUACGCCUACGCCUACCGGAAGUGAGGAGGAGACUCCGACUGGGGGUGUUCUGAGGGUUACGGCGGCGGCAGGCUUGAUUCUUGGAGGGGCAGCUGUUGCGGUGAUGGGGGCUGUCUUGUGAGAAAGGACUAUACGUGUGGAGCUGAAUUAGGUCUACAGGCUUACAACCAAUAAACAGGCU